AACUUGUCAACACAAAACUCGGCCGCUCAGCCACCUCGCCCUCAGUCUUCGCUCGCCAGUCUCACCGUUUAGUAGCUCAGGGAACAACUCUUGUUGGAAGGAUGGCACUGAAUAGGCUCCAAGAUGCUCCCCAGGCCCGAGGUUCUGAUGCAGAAGCAUCAACAGUGGUGAACCUAGUGGAGACAGACUCAACACCAGGGGGUGUCCAGCUGGUUAACCCUUACAGGACCAACAAAGUGGAUUGCAUGGACUUGGUUGAGCUUGCACAAGAAAUCCAGAAGGCAGACAAAUUUGUUCAUGCCAAUGUGAGCAACAAGCUCCAAGUCAUAGCUGAACAAGUGAGAUUCCUUCAAGAUCAAGCCCGAAGAGUCCUGGAAGAAGCUAAAGAAAAUGCUGACCUUCAUCAUGUGCCUUGCAACAUUGUCAAGAAACCAGGAACAAUCUACCACCUCUAUAGAAGGUCAUCAGGACAAAGAUACUUGUCACUGCUGAGCCCACAGGAGUGGGGUAGCAGCUGCCCCCAUGAGUUCUUGGGAAGUUACCGCCUUGAGCAUGAUCAUUCUUGGACCCCAGAACACAAAAUGGAAGCCAGAUCCAAUGACCAGCAAAUGAUCAACAAGAUCCUGACCUGCUCUAAUACUUUAUCAAUAACCAUGGGAGAUAAAUGAAACCUUUGAGGACAGGUAUUAAAGCUUUUCUUAUAUGCAUACUGUUAUUUUAAUUUAAUUUAAUUAAAUUAUGUAAUGUGUUGGUAAGCCUCUAGCAUUAUAUACUAAUUUUUUUGUAUGUAACUUCUGAUAACUUUUAAUUCUUCCUUAAAAGUUGCAACUGUAUGAGGUUUAUCAAAAUUAUGUGUAUAUUUUGCUGAAUCUUUUCUAUGUUUAAGUGUUAGAAAAGAAAAAAAGUUUUCCCUAAAUGAUACUUAUCAUACUGGUAAUAGUAACUGGUGGAGCGUGUGUUGUAUAUCUUUGUUUAUUAUUAUCCACUGUGUGGGUAUGGAAUAGGUUAUAUCAUUUUCUUCUUGCUCAAGACUUUGGUUUGAGAAAGUCACUCUUACAUUUGAUGUUGCAAAAGGAUGUUGAGAAUGAUUUUUAUAUAUUUUGUUAAUGUAUAACCUUUUAAGUAAAAGUGAAAUUGCUUACCUGAUCUUAUCUACUUAACCCAGUCCUUGAAUUUUUGGAAAGUAAAGGUUAUAUUUGCUAUUAUCAACUAUAAUAACUAAAAUAAUACUAAUAAUGGUUAUACUAAUACUUAUGAUAAUAGUAAUGUUGAGAAUGAUAACUGUAAUGAAAACUUUUUAUUCCAAAAAGUUCAAGAAUGGGGUAAACACAGGAGAUCAGAUAUACAGUAUCAGUAACUUAUAGUCCUCUGUUAACAAAAUUAACCCUUUCCUGACGGGUCAUGCGCUAAGGCGUCAUAACAAACCACUCAAUCUGUGGAGUGCAGCUGUACGCCACGGCAACGCGCCAAAGUGCUAUGAGCCGGGGGUUCGGCUUGAUGUACCGAACUCCCACACUUAAAGUCGCCUCUUUUCCAUUAAUCUCCAGAGUGUAGAGUUUUUAUUUUUUAUUUUCUACACUAUCAGUAAGGGGUUAAUGAAAUAAAAUUAAUGUAGACGGUGCUUGUAACCAUAGCUAUUGGGUAUACCAACAAAUUUAUGAAGUAUGUUUUACAUUACUUAGUUGUGUUGCCGCUUGUCCAUCAUAUAGCUGGUUAAAAGUGGUCUUGCAUAGGAUUUAUUAGUGCUUAUGUUCUGUUUAUAUAAAUAAAUUGUUUGUGUGUGUGUGCCCUUGCUGAAAGCUAGUCUAAUUGUAUUUUUGAAAAGUGAAUACUAUACCAAUUUUAUAUAUUCAUGACUACCUGAUAUCUUGUGACAAUUUUGUAAAUUAUAUCAAAUAAAAUUAUCAGGAUAAUAAUAAGUUAUUUCCCCCACAAAUUUGUU